UAAACUAUUACGUUUGUGUCAACAGGAAAAUGUUGUUGUAUUUUGUGCGUUUUUCCUGACUGAAUAAGGUUUAUAAUCAGCCUCUUAUUGGGAGGAAUGCAGAAGACUGGCACGGCUUUGAUCGGUUUCACCUUAGAAAGUCAUUUUCUUCCUGACUUUAGAAUGGAAAUUAAAAUUCUAUUGUUUUGCACUGCUAUGGCAUUUACCUCUGUGUUAGGAGAUAACUGUCAAGCUCCCUACGUAAGGAUAGGGGAUGGCUGUUACUUUAUCAGUAAUGACAAGGUGUCUGGUGAUGCAGCAUUUGCACUCUGUGCGAAGAGAGGUGCUUACUUGGCUAAUUUUGAAACCCUUGAGGAAGCCAUGAUAAUGAAAAUGAAACUGCAGCAAAAGAAUUCAGGUUUACACUACUACGUUGGUGGAAGAAAUAUCAACCGAUACGUUACUGGUGGUGAUUGGAGGUGGGUUAAAAAUGAACAGAUGACAAAAAUGACGUACUACGCCUUCGGUGACGGAGAACCCAAUGGAUCUAUCGCGGCACCACAAGACUGUAUGUUCUUCUAUGCGCAGGACAGAUAUAAAUUCCAUAAUGUCAUGUGUGAUAGUGGAAGCUAUCUUGGAGGUUACAUUUGUGAAAAAUAAAGCUAUUGAUUAAACUGCUCGAAUUACGUGUCUUGCACAAUA